CCUCCCUCCAGGCCGCCAACGCCGUCCUCUCCGCGCUCGCGCGUAGCCCCUCCACCUCCCCGCAGGCCUCCCUCGACGCCUUCCGCUCUCUCAUCGCGCUCCGCCUCCACCCCAACCACUACACCUUCAACCUCCUCGUGCACACCCACUGCUCCAAGGGCACCCUCGCCGACGCCCUCGCCACGCUCUCCACCAUGCAGGGGUUCGGCCUCUCCCCCGACGCCGUCACCUACAACACGCUCCUCCACGCGCACUGCCGGAAGGGCAUGCUCGGUGAGGCGAGGACGCUGCUGGCGAGAAUGAAGAAAGAGGGGAUCACGCCCACACGGCCGACGUACAAUACCCUUGUGUCGGCUUACGCAAAGCUGGGGUGGAUUAAGCAGGCGACCAAGGUCUUGGAGGCCAUGACAGCCAACGGGCUGGAGCCUGACUUGUGGACGUACAAUGUGCUUAUCGCUGGGCUGUGCCAGGCAGAGAAGGUGGAUGAGGCGUUUAGGCUGAAGGAUGAGAUGGAGCUGCUUGGCACUUUGCUGCCUGAUGUAGUGACCUACAAUACACUCGCUGAUGCGUGCUUUAAGUGGAGGUGUUCGUCUGAUGCACUGAGGCUGCUCGAGGAAAUGCGUGAGAAGGGAGUGAAGCCGACUUUGGUCACACAUAACAUUGUUAUCAAGGGGCUCUGCAAGGAUGGGGAAUUGGAGGAGGCGUUGUUGUGUUUGAAGAAGAUGGCAGAUGAAGGUUUAGCACCAGAUGUGAUCACGUAUAAUACGUUGAUUGAUGUAUACUGCAAGGCUGGCAAUGUCGCCAAAGCAUUUGCACUAAUGGAUGAGAUGGUUGGUAGGGGACUCAAAUUGGACACCUUCACACUUAAUACCGUGCUAUAUAAUCUAUGCAAGGAGAAGCGUUAUGAAGAGGCUCAAGGGCUGCUACAAUCUCCAUCCCAAAGGGGUUUUGUGCCCGAUGAAGUCAGCUAUGGCACAGUGAUGGCAGCCUACUUCAAUGAGUAUAAUCUGGAGCCUGCUCUGCGUCUGUGGGAUGAGAUGAUUCAGAGGAAGUUGACACCAACUAUUUCGACUUACAACACAUUGAUCAAGGGGCUUGGCAGAAUGGGGAGGUUGAAAGAGGCGAUUGAUAAGUUGAAUGAGCUCAUGGAGAAGGGGUUGGUACCAGAUGACACCACGUACAAUAUCGUCAUCCAUGCCUACUGCAAGGAAGGGGACUUGGAGAAUGCCUUCCAGUUCCACAACAAGAUGGUGGAAAAUUCCUUUAAGCCAGAUGUUGUUACUUGCAACACUUUGAUGAAUGGACUGUGUCUGCAGGGGAAGCUUGACAAAGCAAUGAAGCUCUUUGACUCAUGGGUAGAGAAAGGGAAGAAGGUUGAUGUUAUCACAUAUAACACCCUAAUACAUACUAUGUGCAAAAAUGGGGAUGUUGAAGCUGCUUUGCAUUUUCUCGCUGAUAUGGAAGUCAGAGGAUUGCAGCCUGACGCGUUUACUUACAAUGUUGUGUUAUCUGCACUAUCUGAGGCAGGGAGACCAGAAGAAGCACAUAGUAUGCUGCAUAAGUUAUCUGAGAGUGGAAAAUUGUCUCAAAGCUUUUCUUCUCCCCUCUUGAAGCCUUCUUCUGUAGAUGAAACAGAGUCAGGGAAGGAUCACGAGGGUAAUACUGAGGAAGAAACUGGUGGAAAUCCACAAGAUAGUGCUCUGGAGGCCUACACGAAACGCGUAAAUGAGCUAUGCACCGGUGGGCAAUUCAAAGAAGCUAAGGCCAUUUUGGAUGAGAUGAUGCAAAAGGGAAUGUCUGUUGACAGUUCAACGUAUAUAACUUUGAUGGAAGGGCUUAUCAAGAGGCAGAAAAGGCAAACACAUGCAGCUGGGUAGUACAUACUAUUGAUCUUUGCUGCUCUUUUAUGUGGCAUCAGCCGGAGUUUAGUCAUAAAUCUGGUAAAUUUGAGUGCUUGAUAUCUUGGAGGAGUUUGAUGGACAUAAAAGUAGAAAGAAGCCAAGCAUAGGAGAUAGCACACUGCUGUCUCUUGCCCCCGCCGGCUUCGUUGGUCACGCACGGCCCAUGCAGUGGACUACAGGAAGAUUGAUACACAGACCUCUCGUCAGCUCGUUGUAAUUUUUCGUUGGCUGUGCGUGUUUGACGGCCGUUCCACGGCUAAGUUUACUGCCACAUGGUCAGUAUUUUAAUUCGCCUGUUAGGUGCGGGGUAUAUAUACAAGACUUCAGAAAUGAAUGCAGAGACUGCUUUUGUUUC